ACCUCAGCCUCCCGUGUGCGGCUGCGCCGGCGGCCAUUUUGCGUUCGGGCAGGGUAGGGCGGGCGGUGGCUACAGCCGGCGGCCAUUUUGGAUGAGGUCGUGCGUGAGGGCAGCGGAGCCGUUAGAAAUCGGUGGAACAGCUGCCCACUUCACCCCACAUGUGGUAACGACACCCAAAUAUAUGCAGUGUGUGAACAGUUUGCUGCUGCUGUGUUAGUAGCAGUUUUCAGUUCCUCAUUCCCACUGUGUUCCAAAUUCCCUCACCACAGGAAGCUACUUCUUAGCUAAGGACCAGUUUACACUGACCUGUCAUGGCAUCCAACAAGUUUGUCAUUAAGUGUGGGAACUUUGCUGUUUUGGUGGAUGUUCAUAUUUUGCCUCAAGGCUCCAGUAAAGACACCAGCUGGUUUUCAGAUCAUGAGAAAGAGAACGUCUGCAUGCUGCUAGAGGAGGUGGUUUCUUCAAGGGUCAAACAGUACUUGGAGGCACCUAAAGGACGUGGUCAGUGGAAGUCAACGGAACGUGCACCAUCUGGUCCUCUGUUUCUUACAGACCUGCGUGUGUUUCCAGACAAAUUUAUAGUGUGUGUCAGUAAACUUGACUCUAAUCCAAGUGAUUGGACAUGUGACAAUGAUGUAUUGAAAGAAGAACUUUCCAAUGGGACGUCUGAAUAUUUUACUGAAUCUGCUGAGAACAAGAAGGUGGAGAUUAGUCUGAAUGAACAAAUAAAGCUGGGCAUCUUGAAAGAAAUCGUGAAAAGGACAAACCUAAAGAAAAGUAACACAAGCAAACCUCAGAUCAGCAAGGACUCCAAGGUGUCCCUUGGCUCAGUGGACUCGCAGACGGGGAACAGAAAGACUGACCGUCAGACUUCUCUCAGCCCUCAAUCUAAAGUGACGGGUAGGAGGAGUCCAGGACUGCUAAAGGACUGCACAAAUACAAUUGAGAGCAACUUCGAGCUUCCUGUUUUAGAGCUGGAAAAUUAUAUUAAUCAGAGACAGACAGAUGGUGUUAGCAGCCAGCAAAAACCUCACUCUGUGGAGUGGUUCGAGUUGAGUCUUCUGAGCGAGAACCCUCCUUGUAGCUCUGAGUCAGCACUGCUAGGUCCAAAGGAAAGUCAAAAAGUGACCAAAACACAGGCUCAACAAAAGACCUGUGCUCCAGAAGAAAAGCUGGAGCAUUUUGGAAAAGUAUCCUCUGAAGGGACUCCUUUAAUUCCUAGCAAUACAGGGAUGAGUAAGCGUGAUGAUGGUUGUUUAGGUCCAUUCUUGGAGGAGGAGACCCCACUUAAUUCUGGGUUGUUUUCUAAGCGAGACAUGACAAAGGCUGCAUCUGAUGAGGAGUCACUGAGGAAAAACCUCUCCCAGCCUCUUUCUGUGAGGAGCAGUAUAGCACAGACAAGCCAAAAUGAGCCAACCUCAACCCCUGAAGAUGUGAUGCCACCAUCAUGUAUAGAGCUGCAGCCUGUGCCCUCAGAGAAGCUUAGCCAGAAAAGGAAAAAAGAAGUUGAAAAUGGUCUCAGGAAGUUAAAACUCCGAAGGCUUAAAAAGUCAUAAAGUCUGAAAUACUACCUUGACAGCGUGGGUGGACAGCCAAGCUUGUGUUUGGAAAGGAUAUGCAAAAUGUAGGAAGCAAUUCAAAACAAAAAUAAUCAAAAUACGCAGUAAAAAUGAGAUAAAACUGUUAAAGAAAAUUUAGGUAACUGAGUAUCUUAGUCUUAAUUCUAAUGAAGGUAAUUCUUUAGGGAUUAGACAUUAAUAUUGUACGAAUGAGGGUAGUAUUUAUAGAAAGAAAAAUCUCUUACACAGUAAUAUUUACGAAGCAAAAUUUUAGAUGUGUGUAUGUUUCAGUACUGUUAAAAAGUCGUAUCAGCUGAUGACAGCCAAAGUUAAAUCCACUUUUGUGAUCUGUUAGCAGCUGCAGUGAUUCAGUGUUUUGCUUGUUUCAGGACACUGUUUUAGUAAAAAUUAAUUCUUCCUUUCUCUCUGCAUUAGGUUGAUGUUUAUUCACAUGAUCUUUACAAGUAAGACAAACUGAGCUCAUUUCAGAUAAAACUUUAACCAGGAUUGAAUGUUGCUAGUACUUUUCAGCAGGGUUUCAAAAUAACGACAGUUUCUGCUUGUGCAGUUUUGAUGUGAAUGUUUAUUCCUAGCCCAGGCUGUGGAUACAACUGAUCGUGCAUUCAGCCUUUGGAGAAACGAAUGUUGUUUUAUAUAUGCAGUCACAUGGAUGUGCAGACCUUGCUGUUGGGAAGAGGUCUUUAUAUGUAAACUUGUUACUGUAAGAUAGAGGUAAUUUUUAAUUGCACAGUGUUUUUUCAUACUGCUUUUGUAACAUAUAUGUGAAUUACCUAAGGAAAUGUAACUUUUCAUUUUAUGCUUAUCUUUUUAUAAUUUAGAAUAAAAUUAUAAGCAAUUUUAUCAUUCUCUUCAAAUCAUUGUGACCACAGAUACUUUACGUGAAGCAAUUUUGGACAAUCCUACUGACAUAUCCUCAUUUAGUUUCAGAAGGAUAU